AUGCCUGUAUUGAUGAAUCUGACAGUGUUUAAUCAGUCUAAUCGCUGUGAUCUUUUCUCCUGUCCAGAGAGCUCUGUAUCUCCUGCAGUUUAUAUCUUACUGUACGUGUGUUCAGCUGCUGUGGUUCUGCUAACAGUGUGUGGAAAUCUGCUCAUCAUCAUCUCUGUUAUUCACUUCAAGCAGCUUCACACACCAACAAACAUGCUGGUGCUCUCUCUGGCUGUGUCGGAUUUCUUCAUUGGAGCUUUAGUGAUGCCAGCAAUGUUCAUCUGGACAAUUGAGUCAUGCUGGAUUUUUGGGGGAGAUCUCUGCAUUGUCUUUUCUUUAACUUAUAGCUUCCUUACAACAAUAUCAAUCUAUAAUAUCACUCUGAUUGCUGUGGAUCGAUAUUUGGCUCUCUCAAACCCCUUUCUCUACAUGAACAGAGUCUCUGUGAGGAUCGGUUGUGUUGUAAUUAUUUUUAACUGGUGUGUGAUGCUGAUCUAUAUUUUAACAUUCAUGUAUUUCAAUUUCACAAAUUCUGUAAUGUGUCCUGGAGAGUGUUUAAUCAUUGUGAAUGAGGUUUGGUAUGUAAUUGAUCUCAUAUAUUCAUUUAUAUUUCCAUUUUCUUUCAUAAUCAUAUUGUAUAGUCAAGUUUUUGUGAUUCCUAAGAAACAUGUCACUGCUAUCAGAGAGCUUAAUAAUCACACACGGCCUAAAACACAGAAAAUCAUCUCACACUCCAUGAAAUCUGAGAGAAAAGCAGCUAAAGUCCUCGGUAUUUUAGUGUCUGUGUUUCUGGUGUGUUUACUUCCAUAUUUUAUUUACAGUUUAUUAGGGAAUGUUAUUGAACUACAGACAGAAAUAUUUCAGGAACUUCUGAUCAUACUCUAUGUUAAUUCCACUAUUAAUCCAGUUAUUUAUGCUUUAUUUUAUCCGUGGUUCAGGAGGUGUGUUAAGUUAACUGUAACUUUACAAAUAUUUCAGACAGACUCCUCAUUAAUCAAUGUACUUUCAUGA